UUCGUGUGUACUUCUUUAAACAAGAUUUUCGCUUGUGGUUUUGUUUUAAUAACGACGAGUUCUGUGCGCGCUAUUUUAGAUGCUCAGCGCGUACAUCCAGUAAGCAAUGGCAAACCCUCUCGACGUUCUACUCAAUUUAUAUGGAGUCAACGUCAAAUCGGUCCGUCAUCUUCGCGGCGGCGUCAGACUUUUAGAAUUAUUCUCUAUUGAACCAACAAGUUCGCCGAACGAAAAUUGGAAUCAGCUGCGUGAUGUGCUUCGGUCCUAUUUCCCGCAACUCGACACUUCGUUGAACAUCAACAAGUGCUGCCAUGGAGAACUGUUUGAGCUAUCCGUAGCUUCAGCACUGUCGGUGGGAGCGCUAAUAGCUCAGGACUUUUCGAAGAGUUCCACUUCACCAGAGCACGAGCUGAGCGGCCGUCUUAAGCUUCUGUGUGACUAUAGAGGACCCGAGGUGGACGCUAUAAAGGACUUCUGCGAAGUUGUGUGCACGGGCGAACGUGUAGCUGCUAAGGUGCGUGAAAUCGUUGCGGCAUGGAUGGAAUCAGCAAUAGCGGCCGGUUCAACGAUGUUUGUGGGAGGCCUCACUUGUGGAAGCACUCCUGACCUACUGUCUGUGUCUGCGUGUUCGUCGGCUAGUUCAUCCUCCUCUUGCGUUUUAGCUCUUCGGCCACCGGCUUCACCCCUGCACGCGCUACGGACUCCGGAAAAUCACCAGAGAGUACGCGAUAAAUACUCCCAAGAUAGCGAGCAAGAUAAGGAAUUGAUCAUCAAACUUCGCCGUGAGCUCUUAGUCAUGCAAGAUCGUUAUGAACACCUGGAGGCGGAUUCCAAACUCCAGAUUGAUGCCAAGGAGAACCAGAUUCGGCAGCUGCAAGCUCGACUAAAGAUUCUGCGAGAAAUGAUGGAUCAAGAACAAUCAAAGGAAAAUCGAUUUCCUGGGGGCCAAGAGGGUGUUUUAGCAGAUAGUGAUUCGGUCACAAUGUCAAGACUCAAGGUUGCUCAAAAAACGGUAGAGCAGCUGAAAUCGUACGAGCAGAAAUUUUUCGAUGAAAAAGCCCGAGCUGAAGAGCUCGAAACGAAAAUACUUCACGGCGAAAAGAAAUUAAAGGAGUGCAAGGCUCAAAUACAAACAUUGGAGCUUCUGAUUAACGAACGUGAUGAGGAACUGUUGGAAGCGACGGACAAAAUUGUGGAGCUGCAGUCGCGGCUCGAAGAUGAACGUCUGCAACGGUCCUUUUCUAGACAAAGGAACCGCUCGGAAGACACUUUGGAUAAUGUGUCCGGUGAGAAUAUGGGUGAAGCUGUUGAAGCAGUACUCGUUGAAGAUCAUAAAAAAGUCAUCAUUGACCUGCAAGAAAGACUGAAGAUAACUGAAGAGAAUCUUAAAAUAAAGGAACAAGAUCUAGCCGAUGCCACUUUGAAUGCCAACAUGAAGCAGGAGCAGAUUGAGUCUCAAGAAGCGCUUAUUGCGUCCCUGCGUGGUCAAAUUAGCGAUCACACCGAAACGAUUUCUCAGGCGGCUACUCGCGCUAAUGAGCUCUCCGAGAAACUGGUCGUGUCAAAUGACGAAUGUAACGGCUUGCGGGAAAAAUUAGCAGAGGUUAAACUCAUUCGAGAUCAGCUGAAAGAAGCAAUGACAAAGAAUGAACUUCGGGCUGAACAACUUCACGUAGAAGUAGAACAGUCGAGAGAAGAGCUUCGCAAAAUGAAGUACAUCUAUGAGCUUCUCGAAAACCGAUAUGAAGUUGAGUCUAUCGGGGCUGAAGGACUGCGAGAGCAGCUUGUUGAAAGAGCGCAACGUGUCAUGACUCUAGAGAGAGAGCUAACAGAGGCUAAAAACACGCAGGAUGCCGCCAUUCGAUCACUUAACGGUGAAAUGGAGCAAAAGCGCAGAGAACAUUGCGAAGAGAAAACCCUUCUUAGUAGGAAUAUUUCAGACCUUGAGGGGCAGUUACAGGAGUUAUCCUUUCGAGCUGACAAUCUGUACCAACAGUUACAAGCGUCGAGGGAUGAACAAGCCAGAAUGUGUACUAAGUUAGGUGUCAAAUGUGAAAAUAUCAUUCGAUUGGAGCAAGAAAAAACGUCCGUCGAGAAACAAUUACGCCUCGAAACCGAAGAGAAAAGAAGUUUUGAAUUGUCGCUUAAACAGGCUAUUGCUAAGCUGGAGAAACUGAAGACCGACUGUGAGGAAACAUUAGCUGAAAAUGAACAGUUGCGAGCCAGUAAAACAAGCUCAAUGGAACAACUUAUCAAGAUGGAGUCUGCAUUAGAGGAGAAAACAGCUGCAGUUCAACGACUGGAAAAAGAAAAGAGCGACCUUAAGAAAAAAUACAUUGCCAUUUGUUCAGAUAGGGACAAUAUUGCUGAAACGAGCAGCCUAGUGGGUUCUGUCAGCUACUCAAAAACGAAGAUUACAGAACUUGAAGCAGCACUUUCAGAAAAAAAUAGGGAGCUCGCCAAAGAAGAGGCCAAAUGCACAGAACUCAGUGAUGCCAUUUCCAAAGAAGUUGAAGACAAAGAGUUCAUGCAGGAAACUUUGAAUGAGGCGACACGAACGUUGUCUGCUAAGGAGAAGCAAAUCGCCGAAAUGACAAAGUCAAUAGCUUCUCUUACAUCGGAACUAGAAUCUGCGAAGGCUAACCUAGCUAUAAAGGAUGGCACCUUGAAGAUUAUAGAAGUAAAACUCGAUGAAGUUAAUUCAGCGGCGAAGAAUAUGAGCGCUGUACUCACAGUUGCACAACAAGAGAAGGCUGAACUCGAGAAAAAACUUGAAAUUGCCAAUCAGACCAUUGCAAAGCUUGGUCACGAACGAGAUUCUAUCGCUGAUCAGAUCGAAUCAAAAUCGAACGAAGCAAUUCUCAGGCUCAGAGCGGAAAAGGAGGGCAUGGCUAAUGAGGUCAGGGAUAUUAACAAUAGAGCAGCUAUUUUAGAAAAACAGUUAGAAGCCGCGCGACAAGAGAAUAAGGAUGUUAAUGAGGCGGUCACAACCGCUCGUCAGGAAUUGCAAAAAACCAAAGCAAAGCUCGAGGCAAACACGCAAGCAUGUAUAGAGAACUCGAGUUUCAAAGAUCAGGUGGAAACCCUGAGGAAGGCAUUGGCUGAAAGUCAAGAAGAAUGCGCAGUACUCAAAGAGUCUAUCUUUUCGAAAAAUGUUAUGUUGGAUAAUAUCGGUCGUUCAGUGAAGUCACUGCAAGCCGAGUGUGGCCACCAUUUAUCGAGAAUAAAUGAUCUGCAGGCGAAGAUCAAAUCAUCUGAAACCUCUAUUAAAGAACAAACAGAAGUAAUUCAUCAACUAAAGAGAGCUCUCAAAGGAUCCGAGGCAGGCCGAACUGAAGCCGAAAAAGCUUUACAGGAAAACAUCGCCGAAAGUCAACAACUUACGAAGGACAUAGAUACUAAUCUCGAACAAAUGAAAGAGUUUAUGGAAGAGGUCCAGAGCGCCAACAAAGCAAAAGACGAAAUGGAAAAGUCUAACAAGAUACUUAAACUUGAACAACGAAAGCUUAGUGCGGAAAUCGCACGUCUGCGAGCAAAUGCAAGCUUUGAAUCCAGUGAAGACGCUCAGAAGCUAAAGAGUUUCAAGAAGAGUCUUGCGGAUUUGCUGGAGCAAAUGGAUGUUCAGGCGCCCAUCAUGGGCCAGGAUGAACUCCUAGGUGUCGUCGAGAAGUCAGUCGAAUCCGCUAAGAGGGUCAAAGAGCUUGAAGCAGAAAAACGAACAUUGCAGCGGCUGGCAGAGAAUUCUGAAGCUGAAGUCAAAGGUAGAAUCACGUUGGUAAUCAGCGAGAACGAUCAGCUCAAGCGAAAAUUACGUGACGCGAUGGAACAGUUGAAGCGAACAAAAGACGAACUAACAGAAGUGGAAACAACCAUUAUUCGAGCAAAGGCGGGCGACAUUGUUGACGGUGGAAUAAUUUCAAUGGUGGCAAGGGACGUCAUGAACCUCGCGGUUAGCGCUCAAGAUAACAAAAUAACGAAAGAUGAAGUAACGCAGCUUCGGCUUCAGCUUUCGAAGAGCAACAGUGAAUAUGAACGACUCGUGAACGAGCUAAAAACAGUUGAGGAUGCCCGGGUAGAAGUUGUUAACUUACGUGAGCAAAGAUCCAAACUUAUAAAAGAAGUGACAAAUAUGCGACAAGAGCGACUGGAAAACGAUCACGAACAAACAAUUAAUAUUCUGCGAGAAGGAAAUGAUUUUGAACAGGAGCGAUUACGCAACGAGCUAGCCGAAGCUCGAGCGCAACUCGAUAACGCUAAAAAAGAGAUCAAGGUUAAAGAUGAGCAAAUAUCCACUCUUCUCGAUAAAUAUGACAUUACCAAGCACCAUAGCGAGCGUAAAAUCUCAGGUCUACAUGGGAUCCUUCACCAGAACAACAUCUCGCUUUCAAAAGCUCGCCGCAAGAGCCCGAAUCAGCUGGGCCUCCCUGUAGUGAUGCCACGUACAAACAGCGACGAUGAUCUAUCCCGGAAACUAAAAGAGAAGGAUGAAGAAAUCCGACGGUUGAAAUUGGCCAAACGCGAGCUAGAGAAACUAGUUUGCAGCAAUACGAUCAUGGAACGCUCUCGAAUGAACGAAUCAAAAAUCAGCUGCGGAAAUUCCAUUCGAACGAGUUACGCGCCCGCAACGGAUGCUGACCAUAGAAAUCAGAUGCCACCACCGCAAGCUUCACUGUUAAAAGAGUCGCAUAGCGCACCGAAUAGUCGAGCUUGGAAUGAAUUCCGAGAGCCACCAAGGCACUCAAUAUCAAAUCUGUCUGAUACGAACAAUGACGCAUCGUCAGUCCAAAGUUACCCGACAUAUCGCCAACUGUCCAUCUCCACAGUCUCUCGUUCGUACUCGUCACGGUCACUACUAGAUAGGGAACCCGAGCAAAAGCCUAUGCUAAAACCUCGAAUGGAUGAUGAAGAUGAGUACAUCAGGAGAACUUACGCAAGGAAGCAAUACCACAUUUUACAAAAACCACAGCUACAACUGACAUCAGAGCGACAUUCCGAUAUAAUAACCUCGACCCAAGAAAGCGUUACGAUAUCCACCUGUUCACAAAAAGCAUCGAAGGCCGCAUCAACGUCCAAAUUGUUGAUACCUGAGAUUAGCGAAAGUUACAUAGAUCAAAGCCUGCCCAUCGCAAUGUUGGAGAAGCCACUACCGACGCAUGAAACCGUUCAAAACAGCCUUUUAACAAGAAUGAGCGUAUUCGAUAAUAUCGGAGAUGGGCUAAACUAUAAAUAUGACCUUCGAGCGGCAGCGGGUUGUUUAUCUGAAGGAGGAAGUCGUGGAGCGCCUGCGCGUGUAACCGGCUUAAGUGGUCUGGGAAUGGGUGAUGACGAGGAAGCACAGUUUAUGAAUCCAAAAAACCUUGAGGAGCUCGAGCGAGAUGGUUUCACAGCAGAUUCUAACUCUCCACCUUCGCCGACCGACCCAUCUCGUACCGACGAAUUACUUCAAAGAAAUCUACAAGUGUUACCGCAUCUUAAAUCUUCCUACCCUGUGGAAACCCAAAGCGGUAAAAUUCCUGUGACCCCUCUACUCAAGAAAUCCUUCAGGAAGUAACGCAAAGGACGGCGGUGAUGCACAAAUAGACAUCAUCGUUUUAGGGUUUAACUGAAUCUUUCAUUAUAUUAUGGUAACGCGAGCCAUCCUUCGCGAGUGUCAUUUAUUAGGUCUUAAAUUUUUACCCCACUUCAAAUAUGUGCUAUAUAUCAUAUGCAAAUCAAUUAUUUGACUGUAUAUCGCAAAAUUAUUUAAAUCAUAUUAAUAAUAAUAGCAAUAAUAUUGCUACUAGUAACUAGUAAUAACAAUAAUAUCGGUAAUAGCGAUUGCAGUAAAGCGUUUUCAACGCUGAGCAUACCUCGUCUUGCAGCCCGUCAUUAUGGAAGUAUUAAAUAAUUGUUAAUAAGACUAUAUAUAACUAUUUAAAUAUUUGUUGACGCCAUUUACGUCGACAAGAAGUUUUUUUUCGCUAUUUGACUUCAUUCGUCCUGAGCAUAUCCUACCAUGUAAAAGCUCCAAUUUUGGCAAUGGCAAACAACAACUCUUGUUCUUUCGUUACAUUUUCCUUUAUCGUGUAUUCUAUAGUCGUACGUUUAUGAAUUCUAUAUUUGUUAGGGACGCUAUUACCAAUAUAGGAUAUGAUGCAUUUGAAGGAUCUGUCACAUAGUUAAGAUGGUGAUGAAAGUUGUGACGGCACGCUGAAUAACAGUGGCAGCCAAUAUUUUAGAAUAGAAAAAUGUACCACGGCAUUUGAGAAUCGGUCAUAAAGGUCGGAUAAUUAAGUUUGUUUGAGUUUGGGAAACUGGAAAAGGUUUGUGCGCUUGCAGAAAACCAAGUGGACGAAAAGGUUAACUUCCAUAGACAGUGUGGUCUAAAGCGAGUGUUUUAACGUUAUGUAAGUUGAAUAAAAUAUAAGGAGUGUUGCAUUGUGAAAUCAUGUAUUGAAAGAACCUUUUCUUAUGGCUGCUCUGCUGCGUUGAAUUGGCUUUUCAAAUUUUUGUGAAUAAGUGCUUCGCAAUGUGACAUGGGAGGUGACAUUACGGCGACAAACCAUUGUUUGACCUGUAGUUUGGCAAAUGUCAUGUGUUUUUUCUAAAUCGCUAAGUAUUGUCCUAAGACAACUACGUGCCGUCAAAUACAUUUAUUUUGCAAGUCUGUACAGAAACACAGAAUUUUAAUAAAAGGUUGAUUACGACAAGUUGUGUUACUUUGGA